CAAUGAACUGUAGGACAGCAUUUAGUCAUAAUGUUUCUGUGUUCAUUCUGACUACACACAGCUGCAGAUUAGACACGCACACUGGAAACCUUUAGCAGAUUGAACUGUUUCAGCUGGAAAAUUUCAAGGAAGCUUCAGACUUUUCUAUAGCAUUCCAAUGAAGAUGUUUAGGAAGAAAAGCAAUAAAAGUUCCACUAAGGAAGAACGAGAUCCUCUUCUGUCCAAAACACAACAGAAAGGACCAACAAGUGUAAAGUACAUGAGGGGAAUAAAGGAAAACUUUGUGCAACCUCUGCACGUUUUGAAAAGUUUGAACAAACCACCUGUACAUUCAAAUGAUACAAAAUAUAGAAAACUGAUUGACAAAAAUAAAUUUCUGGAAGCCUGUGAGUUUAUUUCUAAAAUGAAUUCCACUGAUAAGGAAGCCCUACCCUUGUAUAAUGAUGUUGCUCAAGAAAUGUGGAAGACAACAACUUUGGCACUCAGUGGUGAUGUUAAACUCCAUAGCCAAAUGAAUGCAGUUGCAGCCUGUGUGAAUUGGGCAAAAACACAAGAAUUUAACGAAGAGUUACAUCAAAGUCCUAAAAUGUGGGAUAAAGAAUUGAAGAAACUAAUCACAAAUCACAUAGAAAAAGAACACCUUGCUACCUGUGUAUAUAAUAAGGGUAAAAUGAGCCUUAAACAUUAUUUAAAGGAACUCGAAACAAAAAGUUUGCAGACUAUAGAAGUGCAUAGAUCACUUCUAGGGGACCUAUUCACUAUUUAUUUGAAAAGUUUAAUAGACUGCAUACACCACCACCUGUCAUCACUGGUUUUGAAUGACUUUACAUAUGAAGAAUGGGUGCAGCUCUACAUAUGGGGUUAUGAAGAAUGCAAACGGGUGCGAAUAUAUCAUCAGGAACUGGAGGACUUUGAUCCUUAUAUAUAUGAACAGUGGUUUAAGGACACUGGAGAAAAGCUAAUUACUGUUGGCAAGGAUACAGUAAAGAAGGAAUUGCGGGAAAUACUUGAGAAGGAAAUUGGAUGGAACACCUAUCCAGAGCCUAAGCAUGACUACUAUUUUUAUAAUAUCCUGAAGGAAAUAACUUCAGUAACCAAGGCUGUUGAGCCUGUGAGUACUACACUGGUAUCUAAACUUGAAACAGAAUGUUGGAAUGAGGUCCAUUAUUUUGUGACCAGAUAUGAUUCUUUUAUUCAAAAAAAGAUUAAUGAAAGCAGUUUGGGAAACAAAGUUUUUGUUGCACUGAGGAUUGUAAAAAACUGCCAGAUUCUAAGGAAUACAAUUGAAAAUAUAGGAAUGGUGCCUGAAAAUAAAAUUAAUCUCAACACUGAGAUGAAGAAUUGUAUAGGCUGCUGUGAAGCUAAAGGUCUUAAACUUUCAUGUGCAACAUUGAAAUCAAAACUGAAGGAGACAUUUCAGAAUCACUUCACAAAAAACUGCAGUGAAUUUGAAACCGUCCUUGAGCAUCUGCAGAGAAGCUUGAAGAAGGCAGACAUUCCUAAUAAUAAAAUGCACCUUAAGACCAUCCAUCAUACAGCUGUUACUUUAUACAUUCAGUAUUUUUUUGUAUAUCCAAAAACUGUUGGAAACUUUUUAGCAGGAAGUAAAAAACUUCAGGAAACCUUUGAGUCUUUGGUUUCCGACAAGAAUCUGCUUGAUAACCCACUGGAAUAUAUGUCAUACAUACUGACUGGGAAAGAUGUUGAAUCUACAAAGACAACAGUCAUGUGUUUCAGCCGCAGCCAUCCAGAUAUGAGGAAGGAACAUUUGAAAGCACUCAUGGACCUGAAUGGAAAUCUCAACUCUAAAGACAGAGCUUAUCUUCUAAAUUGUUUUAAACAAGAACAGGCAGAUAUGAAUGAAGAAAAUAUGUGCUUUUUUAAGGAUAUCAAGAUGAACAUGUUUGGAGGUGCUCUUCGAUAUCUGUGCUGUAGCGGAUAAAGAUUCCAUUACUUUCUUUGUUGUCAACUUUUUCCACAAAAAGGAAACAAGGACAAGAAAAGACUACUGUAGAACACUGUACUUCCAGUGCUUGCCAGAUAUUGUUCUUGUUUAGAACCAGUCACAUUUCAGACCACCAAAGUGAAAUUUAGCUGUUUUUUUUCUCACAGUACAGAGUAGCAGAUCAAUGUGUAUUUAUAUUUAAGUUGCUAGUUUGUUCUGAAAUUUCCUAUAUGCAUUUUAUGCAGUAGCAGUGCACCCCCUGCAAAAAAAAAUCUUUAGAGGGACCCAUUCCAGCUGCCCAAGACAGUAGUGCCCCUCAAGUUACCAAGGCAAUGGUAACUUUAAGAGCUGAAAUUCUGGUUAUAAAACUGGAAAUUCAAUUCUUCUAGUACAGAGACUCUUUGACUCUUUAAGUGCUCUAGCACUGCAGCCUCCCUGGACCCCCUUUGGUGCAGGAGAAGUAAGCACUGUGGGCAGGGCGGAUUUGUGGCGAGGCAAAGCCCCAGGCCUAGGGCGGCACAAAUUUAGGGGCAUGCUGCCCCGCCAGUCCAAAAUUUUGCUCCCUUACAGAGCAAUGGGGACCUAUCCCUACUGCGCUGUAUAUGAGUUUAAAUGUACGCCGCUGUGAAUGCGUGUGU